AUGUUGAAAAGCAAGAGACCCGGGUUCGUGGCUGCCACCACGUUGAAUACUCCUGUCGUAGUGCAUGCUCUACAGCAGCCACAGCAUGCCUCCAAGGAUGAGGUCUUGCUAUUUCUAGACGAGUUCAUCGCGAGUAAAGACGGUCCGGAUGCAACAGAUGUAGACGUCAAUCUCAGCGCUGCGCUGUCACAGCUCAAGAGAAUGCACAGGGACUUCAAAGGGCUGCCACCCACGAUACUGGCCGAAGCACCAGUCACCGUCACAGCGGCAGCUGCGACAGAGGGGUCGUCGGCGGACGAGGCCAACGGGACCGGCUCGGUCACCAAAAGUGCCACCGGAGGCACAAAGAAAACUUUCGAGGAAUAA